AUGCUGCCAUCCACCGACACGACCAACGAUUGGAAAAUUCUUGCUGCUGCAAAGAAGGCCUCGGUUGAUGCCACAAUUCCGGGAGAGUGGAGACUCCCAGCUGAAGUAAUCGCUGAAUACAAUGAUGAAACCAAACACCAAUCGGUUAUGGAUGUGGCUACUAAGUUUCUCUCCAAACAAGAGCUUGAAAUCACGUCUUAUGACCACUCUUAUCAACUUCUUGAAAAGAUCCACCUGGGAGAGUACUCUGCCCUCAGCGUUUUCAAAGCGUUUGCACACCGUUCGGCGAUUGCUGGUCAAUUGACCAACUGUUGUACAGAGUACAUGUUUGAAUUGGGUGAACGUAUUGCAAAUGAUUUGGAUGCCUACUUCAAGGAACAUGGAAAACCCAAAGGUCCUUUACACGGGUUACCCAUAUCCCUAAAGGAGACUUUCAAUGUGGACGGGUACGACUCAUGUGUGGGCUUGGUUGUGAAUAUUGGUAACAAGAAUAAGUUAGUCCAAUCUGCCACUGUUGACAUGCUUUUGGAGCAAGGUGUAUUAUUCUACGUGAAAACAAACCAUCCCAUGACCAUGAUGAGCGCCGACUCGGAAAACAACAUUUACGGGCGUACCCUCAACCCCUUGAAUACAGCUUGGUCAGCUGGCGGUUCUUCUGGCGGUGAAGGAUCCCUCGUUGCUCAACAUGGCUCGAUGAUAGGUGUGGGCACUGAUAUUGGUGGCUCUGUGAGAUUUCCUGCUCAUCAUCAAAAUCUCUACGGUUUCAAGCCUUCCGCUGAUCGAGUUCCCUACAAAAACAAAAUGGCGUCGGGAGAACCCAACUUCUUGGGCUUCAAGCCCGCCGUUGGUCCAAUCACUCGUUGUGUAGAGGAUUUAGAUGUGUUCAUGAGAGCGAUCUUAGAGCAUAAGCCGUGGACAUUUGACAGUGGAGUUUAUCCUAUGGGCUAUCAGCCGGUUGAACUUCCCCAAAAAUUGAAAGUUGGGGUUAUCUUAGCCGAAGCUGGUGGUGAAGACGUUGAGGUUGACAAAGAUGUGCAAGACAUGGUCCUGUCGGCUGCCACUAGAUUGAAAGAGGCUGGUCAUGAUGUAGUAUUCUGCGAGAACUACCCCUCUUUCCAGGAAUCUUGGGACAUUUCUGUCGGCAUUUUUAACAUCAAAGUGAAGGGGUUGGUGAGCGCGAUUGAUAAGGCCAAUCAAGCUGGUGAGCCUGUGAUCAAAUCGGUCACCAACUCGAAGUUUUUGUAUAACUGGGGCUACACCACCACCGAAAAAGCGGUCGAGCUUAGAGCUGGGUUGGUUAAGAAAUUCUCUGAAUGGGAAGACUACUUCCAAGCCAAUAAUCUUGAUGUGUUAUUGUUGCCUUUAGCAAAGCAAAAGAAAUACGAGCAUGACACCUUCGGCACCUCGCCUUACUCCACCACCUGGAACUUGAUUGAUUUCCCUGCCGCGGUUAUUCCCCACCAAGAUGGCUGUGUCCAAUUCGUUGGUCCGAAAUUGAUGGAUGAAAAGUUGUUGGCGGUGUUGAAUGUGGCUGAUAAGGCGAUCAAUUGA